CACUCCCCCUUCCUGUCUCGGCUCAUUUUAACCGACGGCCGAACCCACCUUCGUCCCACAGACCCAGAGAUAGCGGCGGCUGCAAGAAGAGGCGCGUAGGGGAAGAAAAAAAAAGAUAUUAAAUAAUAUAUUUUAAAAAAUCAUUUUGGUAGUUUUGUUGUGACCCACCCACUUUGCAUUUAUUUUUUUAACCUCACGCACUCGCACCUCCCCACCCCAUCAUCCGCCGGCUGGGAGGCUCUGCCCUGCCCGUAUUAUUCAAGCAGACGAGAGAGUGUGAGCCUGUGUGUGCGCGGAGAGAGCGGCGACAAGGGCGACCAUGGCUGGCUGGAACGGUUAUGUCGAUAACCUGAUGGCCGAUGGAAACUGCCAGGACUCCGCCGUCAUCGGCUACACCGACGCCAAGUACGUGUGGGCAGCGUCGCCCGGAGGCACCUUCUCGGUGGUCACGCCUCCAGAAAUAGAUGUGGUGGUUGGAAAGGAUCGUCAAAGUUUCUUUACCAAUGGCUUGGUCCUGGGUGGAAGGAAAUGCUCCGUUAUCAGAGAUAGCCUGUUUGUUGAAGGUGACUGCACAAUGGACAUCAGGACAAAGAGCCAAGCUGGAGAACCAACGUACAAUGUUUCUGUAGGCAGAGCUGGCAAAAUCUUGGUCUUUGUAAUGGGAAAAGAAGGGACCCACGGAGGAGUCUUGAAUAAGAAGGCAUUCUCAAUGGCAAAAUACUUGAGAGAGACUGGGUUCUAGUCGGCCAGGAUUGCUAUUCAGUAGUUUAAAAAAAAAAAAUUGCUAUUAAAGUUUCCUUUAGCAGUCACCUGUUGUUUCACGUUGAAGUUACGGAAAGUUUAAUAGCAAUGCAGGGUUUUGGGGGGUAUGAGCCCAUGUCUCCUUUGUAUCCCUGUAUUGGUGGGGAAAGUAAAUUUUCAUUUUUUUUCCUUAUGUACUCCAGCAUUGGUUGUAGUCAUGGGAAAGGAAAGUGUCCAUGGGGUGGGUAGUCAACAAGAAAACACCAUGGCUACAUACCUGAGGAAUUCUGGAUACUAAGCAGCCUCUCCCCAUCCACCUAGCAACUCAUUCACCCUUGCCACAACCCAGUUGCAAUGGCAGUGCUACCAGACUGUAGUUGGUUAGAUUAUUUUUUAAUUUAUCCAUUUGAUUCCCUUUGCCUCUUUACCACUUAAUUGUAAUAACAUUGUAGAUGUAAUGGAAAGUAAAUCCACUGUUUUGGCACCAUUAGCACAAUAACUAAAUGGUGAUAUGCAUGUUAUUACUUUUGAUAUUGUUGCAAACAAUUGGGCUGACUUGCUAAGCCUGGGCAUUGCUUUGUUUUAGUUAGAAAGUUUAUUGGCAUCCAAAGUCACCAAACCAGGUUCUGAUUAUUCUCUAUCUCCCUUCCCUUCCCCGUUGAAGUACUUAUUGAAAAUGAAUGAAAAGGUGCUGGUAGUACAAUCUAAGUGUUGCUGAGAGAGCACUUUCAGCAGUUACGUAGAUAUUUUUAGUCUUCCUUUUUGUUUGAGCAUGUUGGAAGAGAAAGUGCAUGCCUAUUUUUUGCCAUAAUGUUCCUGACUUAGGUAAUACUUGUAAUUAGUUUGCCCAUUAUCAUUGCUAAUGCACCUGGAUUUCAAAACCUGUUUACAUCCAUGAAUAACUUGCCAGCAGCUUUGAAGGUGCACUCUGUUAAACUUGUUUUUUUUUUUGCAUCUUGAUUUCAUGGGAUGUGAUCACAAAACAGCUUUUGAGAUGUGUAAGUUACUUUCCCAUGAACAUGCCACAAUACUGACUCUGAUCAGUUUAUUCUCCAGGAACAUUCCAUCUUUGCAAUAGCUCAGGCACUUAAAUGUUUUGCCAGCUCCUUUAAUGUGAGUUUAUCUUUUUAAUAAAGGUUGCCACUUUGGACAAUAAAUAUCCCAACAUAACCAUCACAGAUGUGUCCAGAUUUGAGUGCUUCAUAGGACCAAUUAACUUGCAGCUUGAGGGAUUUUAAAAGAGCAGACUGCUAUAAAAUGAUUGUGAAGGGUGACUGCCACCCCUCAAUACUGUAUUGGCAAUUUAGAUAAAUGUGUGAUAGUAUGUCCAUCAAUGUUGAUGAUUUGAAGAUCAAAUUAGUAUCUGAUCAAGGUUGGCAGUCUCCUAUAUGGAAAUUAAAUAUUUCAAAUCAAGGGAAUUGAUGCAUUAAACCUGGUAAGCUCAUGCUGCAGAAGGAAACUGGAAGAAUUGACUUAUGCUCCUAAUUGUUUUAAAAUCUGUGGAAAUGUCUGUUUUGAGCACAAUACUAACUUGUGUUCGGUUCAAACAAAAUGACAAAAGCUCUGUAUUCAUAAAUGAAUAAAAUGGGAGAUGGUAUUGGUUGGAAUAAUCACACUUGGCUGUCUUGUGAAAUUAUUUUGCAAAUGUUUGUGUAUCCUGUGCCAUACAUACUGCAUAGAGAUUUGCUGUUGUGAGAUGGAUUUUAACUGCCGCUGCAAGGCUUUCAGUUGAACAGCACUUAGGGGCGUUACUCUACUCUAGCAUAUACUCAAUGUUCAGGCCUUGUGAAAUAUGUACAGAUUUAAAAAUUCUUGUUGCUGACUUGUCCAUUUUCUUUCCCUGCAAUUUUGUUACAUCUGGGAUACAGUCUAACUCAUCUGAUUUUAAAAUGCAUUUACAGAAUGCCAUAAUUGUUAAUCCACCUUGUUUACAGACAGAUGAAAUAAAUUUAUUCCAACCAUA